GCACUUCCCCGGGAACCCGGUAACUCGCGACGACGCUUGGCGCCUUCUGCCGCAUCGCAGCUGCAGUGAGCGUCGGUAUACGUAAAAUGGCGGAUGGCGACAUUGAUUUGUACGCCGACGAUCUCGAGCAAGAUUUCGCGCAGUCGAAGUGUACGAGGUUGAUCGGUUGAACCACAAGGUGCGCAGGAAGUCGCGUGUAAUAAGAAAAUGGAUGAAUUCGCUGGGGACGGUGUUGAUCUUUAUGACGACGUGAUUGCUGCUCCAGCAGGUGGUAAUGGCGGAGUCUCUUCCGGAAAUACCGGAGAUGGUGGUGGUGAUACCACGUCUCCGAAUGAAGAAACUAAUGGAAAUGCGCCUUAUCACCAACUCGGCAAUAAUAUACAACCGAAUCAAAUUGGCAGACGACACCAGUUAUACGUUGGCAACUUAACAUGGUGGACGAGUGAUCAAGAUAUAACAGAUGCUGUUCAGAGCAUCGGCGUGACUGAUUUUGCAGAGGUGAAAUUCUUCGAGAAUCGUGCCAAUGGCCAAUCCAAAGGUUUUUGCGUAAUAUCGUUGGGUUCAGAGCAAAGUAUGAGAAUAUGCAUGGAAAGGUUGCCCAAGAAGGAGUUGCACGGACAGAAUCCUGUAGUAACUUUCCCUACUAAGCAAGCGCUCAAUCAGUUUGAGUCGCAGUGUAAGACGCGACCUGCUCCGGCUCCGCAACAGAGUCAGAGCCAACGUCCUCAUAAUCCACAUCAACAUCAGCCACCAAUGCCACCUCAUCAACAGCAUCCCCAACACCCUCAACAUCCUCAACAUUCACAACAGAAUCACGGUCCUAGAAUGAUGAUGGGUCCCCCACAGGGUGUAAGACCACAGAGAAUGCCGCCUCCCGGAAUGGGUCCACCGGGCCCCGGUGGACCCGGUCAACAGGGUCCACCGCGUAUGCACGGUCCACCGUUGGGGCCAGGACCAGGACCGCAUCAUCCGUUGCCCGGUCAUCCUAAUCAAGGUCCGCCGCCCGGAUAUCAACAGGGUCCGUGGAACGGCCCGCGGCCAAAUGGUCCCCCGGGACCGCCUAGGGGUGGACCUAGUGGGCCCGGCGGCCCACCUCAGCAGGGUCCGCCUGGGCCAGGUCCUGGCCAGCAUAGACCCCCGGGAAUGCAAUUUCAUGGUGGUCCACCCGGGCCCGGGCAGGGGCCUCCACGUGGCCCUCCUGGACAUCCUGGUGGGCCUCCGGGGGAUCCCAGAGGAGCGCAACCGCGUCCUGAAUGGAAUAGACCACCAGGAAUGCAUCAUGGGCCUCAGGGACCACCAGGUUUCCCUCAACAUCAACAUAUGCAAGGGCCGCAGCCUGGCCAAGGCCCACCACAGAGAGGACCUCCUCCAGGUUCUAUGGGUGGUCCAGGUGGACCGCCGCCGGGACAUGGUGGACCGCCACAAGGUCCACCUCAGGGACCGCCGGGAGGGCCGGCACCUCAUGUCAAUCCUGCAUUCUUUCCGCAAGGACCACCUCAUCAACAUCCCGGUCAACACCCACCGGGACCUCCCGGCCCACCUCACGGCCCGCCACAUGGGCCACCUCAUGGCCCUCCUCACGGUCCUCCUCACGGUCCACCUCAUGGACAAUCACACGGACCACCACAUGUACCACCACAUGCUUACGGGCCACCGAGUGCACAAGCUCCUUACGGAGCACCCGGGCCUGAUCAUCGCCCGGAAGGUCCACCACCGCUCACUGAGCAAGAAUUUGAGGAAAUAAUGGGCCGUAAUCGUACAGUAUCCUCGUCCGCGAUCGCGCGAGCUGUGUCCGACGCCGCGGCAGGUGAAUACGCAAGUGCCAUAGAGACUUUGGUGACUGCUAUCUCGCUGAUAAAGCAAUCCAAGGUAGCUGCGGAUGACAGAUGCAAGAUCUUGAUCAGUUCCCUUCAAGACACUUUACGUGGUGUUGAGACCAAGAGCUACGGAUCCGGACGUAGAGAGCGUUCGCGUUCGCGUGACAGGGAGCGCAGUCAUAGGAGACGACGCGAGCGGUCCAGGAGUCGGGACCGUGAGUACCGCGAGCGUAGCAGAGAUCGCGAGCGGGAGCGUGACCGGGAGCGUGAUCGCGAGAGAGAAAGAGAUCGUGAUAGGGACAGAGAACGUUAUUACAGCGAACCAUAUCCGAGAGAGCGUUCGCGCAGCAGGGAAAGAGAGCGCGAACGUGAAAGAGAUCGUGAAUAUAGAGAGCGAAGCAGAGAAGAAAGUACAACACGGCAAUCAGCCAGGCCAAGAGUAAAAGAAGAACCGCCAGAGACGGCACCCGUCUCGUCUUCCAAGCCGACUAGGUAUUAUGACGAUCGCUACAGAGAGCGCGAGCGAGAGCGAGAUCGAGAGCGAGAAUCGAGCCGAAGACCAUCCGAGCGGGAACGGGAACCGGAACGGGAACGUGAACGGGAACGGGAACGAGAUCGUCGGGAUGAACGGGGAGACUCUUCACAUCGCUCAAGACACUAAAGAAAGAAAAGAAAGAAAAACCGAUAAGCACCGAAGACGACGACGACGCAGCAGUCAUGUCGACAUGUCAUAGGAUCGAUG